UCGGCUGAAAUGGGCGUGACAUGUUGGAGAAAGGUUAUGUCGUAUCGGGGACACUCAGAACUAAACGACAUGCCCAUUCUUCGCUGUCACGGGAAGCCACCAACCUCUCAUUGAUCCAGACAGUGAGUGCACAGGUCCGUCACCGUCAUGUCAUUCUCGGUGACUCUCUCAGCCCCCUCGCUCUCCGCUUUCCCUCGAUACAAUCGACGAUACCUUCCGACCAAUUCCUCUCUCAAAUCCUCCCUCCAACAAUUCCGCACCUUCCAAACCCUCCCUCGCCUUCACGCUUCUAGACGGAACUCCAAUUUCCCACCGGGCAGUGAAGGUCUUGGAGAUGAUUCUCGCAAUUGGGGCCGUUCGAUCGGGUCCGAGUUCGACGACGACGAAGAUGAAGACGGAGACGAGGACGACGACGAAGAUAGGAGUUUUGAUCUGCUGGUUCGGUUUGUGCAGAACGUGUUCAAGAAGAUCUCGAGGCGAGCCCGCAGGGCCGUACGAUCAGUUCUGCCCAUUUCUAUUUCUACCAAACUGGUCGGGUUUUCUGUCAAUGGAGUCUUAAUUCUGGCAUUUCUGUGGGUUUUGAAGGCAUUUCUUGAGGUUAUUUGCACUCUUGGAAGUGUAGUGUUUGUAAGCAUCUUACUUAUUCGUGGGAUAUGGACUGGGAUAACUUACUUACAAGAAGGCCGCCAGCAAAAGCUGAAUGCAUUUGAUGAUGAUCACCGUGCAUGGACGGGUACACAACCUUCGACUUGAUUUGUCCUCGCCAGAAUUCGGAAAUGUUCAAAAAUGUCACACCACACAACAAUAAAGACAGCCUUAAUAAGAGGAGCUGUCAAAAUCAAGGAUGUUGAGAUGGCACCAGAAUGCUUCUGUCUUUGGAAAUCACCUUUGUGCUUUUGAUGAUACAAUGAUGGCAUUGUGGAUGAAGGUCCAGAAGAAUUUAUUCUCAUGAUCUUGUAUGAUAUUGAUGGAGGAGAUGAAUAAGAGCAGGGAAAAGCUAAAAGUAUAGGUAUGGGUGCUUGGCAACCCCUGUAUCAUCACACAUCAGAAAUACAUUAUCUCAUAAAGCUUGAUCUCUGUGAUUGGGUAUGUACAAAAGAAGUUUAGGAUCUGUUUAGUUUCUCAAACUUAUUUAGCUACUUGGUCUUCAUGUUGACCAGAUGUUCUUUAGUAAUUCCAUCCACUCUUAGCUGACAAGAGCAGCAACCCCAAUUAAACCAAAAAAUAAUUGGCUUCCAAGUUUUCCUUUA